UCUAGUGAUCUAGUCUUUCAUGUCUGGGAAUUUAUUUUAGGGUCCUCUUUUUGUCCCAUUGGGGCCACUGAUUCUUAACUCUUCCAUGGUUUGUUCAGUACUUGAGAGUGAGAUAUCAAUGAACGAUUAUUGUUUUUUUAUUAUUAUAAUUUCUUCUUUACAGGCCAUUGUAGCUGAGUAAUAAUUCUUGGUUCUUCCAUUGCUGAAUGAAUUUGGUGUAGGUGUGAACCUUAUCUGAAAGUUUAAAGCAAGAUGGGAGAAACAUCAGCUUCCAAUGAUGGCUUGCAAGCUUCUGUUUCAUUGGGUAGAUUUGAGAAUGAUUCAUUGUCUUGGGAGAGAUGGUCUUCUUUCUCUCCAAACAAGUACAUGGAGGAGGUUGAGAAGUGUGCCACACCUGGAUCAGUGGCACAGAAAAAAGCCUACUUUGAAGCUCAUUACAAGAAGAUUGCUGCCCGCAAAGCCGAAUUGCUUGCACAAGAGAAGCAAAAUGAAGAUCAAAAUGGUAUGCAUAUCACUGGCGAAAAUUCCGGUGCUGGUGCAGUCUUUGAUGUAUUCAACAAACCAGGUUAUGUUGAAGUGGUUAAGAUAGAAUCUAGUUCUGUUGAUGAGAUUAGUAGGAGCUACGUAGUUUCUAGAGAUUAUGUAAGUUCUUCAGCCAAGGCAGAGAAUGAAGAACUGAAAACCGGAUCACAUAGUUCGCAGUUGACAGAUAAGCCUGAAGAAGUUGUCAGCACGAAACAAGAAGAAAGUAUUGAUGUUGAAGUUGAAGAUGUGAAGAAAAUUUCGCAUGUCGUGUACAAGGUCAAGGAGACAGGAAAUGCCGCAGAAGUUGAAGUAAAAGAACUGACACUGGAUCAUACUAAGAAUGUUGAAGCAAAGCAUCUGACAUUGGAUCAUCCUAGGGAAUAUAAGGUUACCCCCAUAAAAAGGGAAAGCAAUGUGGCCAAGACAAAGAAGACAUCAAUGCGACCUACACCUAAGAUAUCCCAAAUUUCAACACCAAGAAGUUCAAGUUCAAAGCCUACAUUAACUCAAACAAAGCUACCAGCAUCCAGUUCUUCUACUAAAAAUGCAGAUUCUCCAUCUUUAUCAAGGAAGCAAAUUGCUUCAAGUGGCCAGAGCAGAAAAGUUGCUAACAAAUCCCUUCACAUGUCCAUGAGCUUGGGACUAAGUAAUCAUGAUCCGGCUCCUCAUAGUACAGUGGGGAAAUCUUUAAUUAUGCAGAAAAUGGGAGAUAAGGACAUAGUGAGACGAGCAUUUAAGACAUUCCAGAACAAUUACAACCAGCCAAAUUAUUCUGGUGAGGACAGAUCCUUGGUGAAAAGACAGGUUCCUGCAAGGGGGACAAAGCCAAAGGUUUCUACCUCUACAGCUCCGCAGAAAGAAAAUGGACAGCCAACAAAGGUUGAGAGUAUUGAUAGAAGAAGUGCAGAUUCUGUACAAGCUACUUCAGUUCUGAGAAGAGAUGUUAGAGCGGAGAAAGGGAAAGAGUCCUUUAGAAAAAUAGAGGAAAAAUCGAAUACAAAAAUGGUGGUAGAAAGAACACAUCUUCAACCAAAAAUAAAGGAGGAAAAAGAGGCAGAGAUAAAAAAGAUAAAACCUAAUUUCAAGGCUUACACCUCUACCAGCAUAUUGGCCAGGACAAAAAGUGUCAAAGACAAAGAGUCAUUCAGAAAAGGUUGAUGCUAAGAUUGGGAACCCUUGGUAGCCGCCCACUGCCACAGGUGGUGAAGGUAAAGAUAAAGAGAGAUCAAAGAAAAAGAAAGAGUGAAAAAAAAAAAAAUCUGAAAUACACCAUUGAUUCAGAUAUAUGAUAGUAUAUCUUAUAUCUGUUGAGGGGAAAUUUUUAUCGGAGCUCGUGAAUCAUGGAAGGACUAGGAAGAAAUUAAUUGAAAAUGGCAUCUAUAGUUGAUAAUUAAUUUCUUCCCUCACACCCCCUUCUACAAUAAGAUUUAGACAACAUUGUACAAUGUCUUUAAUGAUGUUGUUUUUCUUUUUGUUUUAGGCAUACAUUUCUUGUAGGUAGUUGCUCCUUUUACAUAUUCCCCCCUCUUGAGUCUUGAUCCAUUGUAGACCAUUAUCAAACAAAAAUGCUUAGGUUUAUAUAGUUGCAGCAACCAAUUAUCCCAUUCACGUGCAAUAGUGCAAGACCUUCUUGUUAUGUGGGGAAACAGGGUGAAGAAUUUCCAGAAUCAGGUAAUCCAAGACUUGUAAAGUUGGCUACAAGAUGCAGAUUCACUCGAGCUUGGCAUGUAUACGUUCUUCAAUAAGCUCUCUAUUUGUUACUAUAUGUUGAUAAUUCAGUAAGAAUUGUACUAGAAACUUAGAAUGCAGUUAGUUUAGUUCUAUAGGAGUUGCUUUUAGUCUUUCUAGUGUUUAAUACUUCCACAUGUGUUAAAUUCAUGUAUAAGUACUGAGUAGUGGGGAAGCAUAGUUACUACUUAAAGAGUUAAAGCCAAUCCUUGUAAUAAUAUAAUAAUAAAUGGUGAAAGAACUUACUUUUCUAUAUGAUAUCACUAAUUA